UGUGACAUGUGUUUAGAUUUUUGGACUUGUGUAAGCUGCGGUUCUACUCGUGUUUUCAAUGUGUUUUUCUAAGGUGCUUGAAUGAAUCCAAUCAAUUUAUUCGGCAGGAACAAUGGGUCUACAGAUUCCUUACCACCUUGUAUCAAAUAUAGGAAAUGUACUCAGGAAAAGUAGAAUUCGAAUUCAUCACUAUAAUUUCUUCACUAUCAAAACAAGCGUUCGAACAUUGGCGAGUUUUUCGAAGAACAAUAAAUUUACUAGCCAAACCUUUUCCAGUUGUGGAAAGAAAAAUAACACUAAUUCCAGUUUUUUUAAAGUGGAUAGAAUAUGUGAAGAACUGAGUUACAAUCCUUACACCAAGGGAGUUUUUAACAAUCGUCUCUACCCAGAAAUACGAGCUGAAAAUGACCCAAUUCUCGAGUCAAUUGUCAGUGCUAGCACAGUUGAAGAAAUCUUUGAUCUCAUCAAAGAUCAUCCCCAUAAUGAAGUAUACAGUAGUCAGGCGAUUGUUACUUUGUCAUUGUUGAGCAAAGCUUACAGCAACUUGAAGUCGGAAAUGACUUUACUAAAUUCUAUGGAAGAUAAAGAUUUCAUUCAGGUUGUAAAAAGUCAUCCUCAGUUCUGGUCGACAGUGGAGUGUGUAGAGAAAUCGUCAUCGUUGUUGUCCGACAAUGUGCUCACCACCGUGCUGCUCUGCCUGAACAAAUUUGAAAUCCUACCAUGGGACCCUUGUUUAACAUCCAUCUGGCUGGAUUCACUUACUCGUAUUGGAUCUUUCCCGUUAGAAGCGCUGCGUAAUUGGUGCCUUGCCACAAUCCUGCCGAAUCAUAGUGGCAGAUUGGCCCUUCCGGCUGCCCUUCCAACUUUCCACAGGCACAUGAAUCAAUUUCAGUCGGUAGCUGAUUUUGGAAUGUUGGUAACCUGUUUCGCUGCCAUCGCUCCUGUAGUUCACAAAACAGGACCCACUGCGCGCAUCUUCAUUGCCCAUGUCAAUCGUCUAUUGGAUACAAAGUUCCUCAACCAAGACACUCCCUUGUCCAUUCUAGUAGGGCUUUUGCACGCUCUCUAUCUAGUGGCUAAAACCAAUGCGUCGUCUUCUUCGGCCAACUUAAAAAUCCUCUACCUUCUUCUAAAUUCGCCCCAGAUGAGCGAUCCGGCGAGUGUGGGAUAUUUCGACGUGAUUCGAAAGACUUGGGAGACAGUGAGCGAACCCAUCGGUUUGGUCCGUAAGAUGGAGGAAGUAUCAUGCGGUCUGCUGGAAAAAUUGGACAUUCAUAUAGAGCACAUCAGUCUACUAUCCCACGUCUCCCACAGUUAUGAAACGUCGUCCGAUCGUAAAAACCAACUGGAACUACAUUUACUACGCAUCAUGGAAAACGAGCCCAUCAACAGAAUCGAGCCGCAUCUCAAGCAAAUCUUUCGCAUCAUCCGAGCAUCUAAAAUAUCCGACAUCAAACUGGUCGAUCUUUACUGGAACCUCGUGCUCAAAAAUUUAAAUCGGCAUUAUAGCUAUCAAGACGAAUUCAUUUCAUUCUUUCUUGACACUGCUCAAUGGUACAUGUUCUUCAACAACAAUCUUGGAGGAACGUAUCGAUCGAAACUCUUUGAAAACCACAUCCUUCUGGCAAUCGAUACAAUGAUCCAAGGCGAUUGGGGCCAACCCGUCACCAACGUUCGCUUCUUCUGUCGCAUGGCAGCUUUUGUACUGGCAUAUGGAGGACACCCAAUACGAAAUGAUUUGCUGGCCAAACUGAUCGAGAUCGAAGAGCAAUUGACAAUACAAGACAUCUAUUAUUUAUCCCGGGGGAUUCAACUUGGCCGUCACUGGCUCAACCGAUCACAGAUGCACUAUUCACAGCGCAACAUGGGCGACUUGCUGUCGGUACUCAAUCGGCGUUCCAUUGCCCUCUUUUCAUCGGAAACGUCAAGCACGUUGAGUUUGAGCACUACGCUUUUGCAUGCUGCCCAUUAUCGCAACACCGAAAUUUACGGCAGCUCGUUAAAUCUUUACGAGAUUGGUUUGCAGAAAUGCGAGACACAAUUAAGUGAGCUAACGGCAAGAGUGACUCGAGAUUUGGUCUUCUUCCUGGAUCGAUUUCAUUAUGUGCACUUCAAAAUCAUCGAUACGAUUGUAGACUACGUCUUGAAACGACACGAACAUCUGGGUCCCUCAACCAUCAUCAAUGCCUUCGUACUUUGUUUCACUUCAGGAUACAGUACCAGCGCUCUUGACCGUCUAGCUCCAGUCACCUUAAAGUUACUUGAAACGAAGGAACAUGGACUGUUUGGUCUGUCUGUCCUGGAAGCCGGUUUAGCUUUGCUGUAUAGUAACCGAAUGUCAAUCAAACUAGUCAACCAAAUCUUCGCUAUCGAUUUUCUCGAAAAACUGGAUUCGGAAGUGGCAAACUGCUACUCUAAAACUAGUUAUCCUAUUCGAGUUCGGCGUACCUUAAUGGAGUUGAAUCGUUGCGUUUGCAUUGACAUGCCCGAAGCCGGUGUCCCCUGGUUCCACGAGAAAUAUUGCCAAGAACAAGUGCAAACAAAGGCUCCUGUUUCCUCAAACUUCCACGAGGACGUCUACGAUUGUCUAGUUCACAUUUUGGGUUCUGAAAAGUUCAUUAAAAGAUGGGCACUGAGUCCGUAUUAUCAUCUUAUAGAUUUCGAAUUGACGUUGAAUGAAAACGGGAAACCAAUAAUUCCGUCCAGCAACAAAUUAAAAGAACCAAACAGUCACGAAGAAAAAGUCGCUAUUAUGGCCCUUGUGCCGAUGUAUUUUACCAUCAACCACGGUCAUAUGAGGGGAUUGAAGUUACUUCGCCAUCGACAGCUAGAAAUCCUCGGCUACAGAGUCGUGGGCAUUCCCUAUAAUCAUUGGAAUUCGUUGGCUCUCUCCACUCCUGAAGCCAAAACUAAUUAUCUCAAACAGAAGCUGUUCAAACAGCGACAUGCAUAGUCUAAGCCUUGCUUUAGCACCUUGUAAAUACAAGAAAACGUGAUGAUAAAUUCUGAUUUUCAUCUUU